AUUUUGCUUCCGGGUCUUGGCUUUGGCGCUGGGCGCAGAGGUUUCUGGGAGGCAAGAGGCGUAAUGGUGUGUGUAUGAUCUCCGGAGGCUGCAGCAUCGGACGUCGGCCAAAAUGACAACAGCAGCCAGGCCAACUUUUGAACCUGCAAGAGGUGGAAGAGGAAAAGGAGAAGGUGAUUUGAGCCAGCUCUCAAAGCAGUAUUCAAGCAGAGACCUACCCUCUCAUACGAAGAUAAAAUAUAGACAAACCACUCAGGAUGCCCCAGAAGAAGUUCGCAACCGUGACUUCAGAAGAGAGUUGGAAGAGAGAGAGAGAGCUGCUGCAAGAGAAAAAAAUAGAGAUCGUCCAACCCGAGAACAUACAACAUCUUCUUCAGUCUCGAAGAAGCCCAGGUUAGACCAGAUUCCUGCCGCCAACCUUGAUGCGGAUGACCCUUUGACAGACGAAGAGGAUGAAGAUGAAGAUUUUGAAGAGGAGAGUGAUGAUGACGAUACUGCAGCUCUUCUUGCAGAACUGGAAAAAAUUAAAAAAGAAAGAGCCGAAGAGCAGGCCAGGAAGGAACAAGAACAAAAAGCUGAAGAAGAGAGGAUCCGUAUGGAAAAUAUUCUGAGUGGAAACCCACUCCUUAAUCUCACUGGCCCAUCCCAGCCUCAGGCCAACUUCAAAGUUAAAAGAAGGUGGGAUGAUGAUGUUGUUUUCAAGAACUGUGCAAAAGGUGUAGAUGAUCAGAAGAAAGACAAAAGAUUUGUAAAUGAUACGCUGCGAUCUGAAUUUCACAAAAAGUUCAUGGAGAAAUAUAUUAAGUAGUACAGUUUUAUGUGCUUAAUUAUAAAAGACUGUAUAGGAUUGUUCUGGCUUUGUUUUGGUUAGCCCCCCACCCCCCACCCCCCACCCUUCUAAUUGUGUAAGGGCUUCCAUAAUUUAAGGUUUCAAAAUAUCUUUUAGUGAUCUUUUAUUUGAUAAUGGACUUGGAAAUUAUUUCAAUGUUUCUAGUCAUGUGUUUUCUUUUUAAUAUGGGAAAAGGAGUCUUGGCUUUUAAUAAAUAUUUUAAUAGUCUAAAUACCAACUUUGUGUCCCUAACUUUUUGCUGUAGUUUAUGCAGCUUAUAAAAAGUUGCCUAUAUUCUUUUGAAAAGAAAAAUUGUCACUGUGUAUUAUGUUUCUUUGUGCAUUAAGUUUUUCCCCUCAUUUCCUCUGACAGUGAUUUAAAGUCAGUUAAUUCAUGAUAUUUUCUCUGUUUUUGAAAAGAAUGUGAUGGAAGGUUAAAGAGAAUCCGUUUUGGACCACAGGUGGGUGUGGAAGAGUAUCAUCAGUCAGGAAGCGCCCAAGUGCUUGUCUGAGGGAGCACAGGGUGUCCCUUGCUUUUGUAGGCACUCCUUCCUUUUUUCAGGGCUCCAGACAAGAGCCCGGUAAGCAUGCUUAAGAAGCCUGUGGCACACAACUGUGUUCUCCUGGACACUCAGCUGCUGUUUUUGUCUUAAAUCUCUGACAUACAUGCAAAGCCUAGGAGAGUUGAAAAUCAAAUAAUACAUGAAAUAAAACCUUUGGAAAUAAGA